AUGAAGGCAGCAGUUUUCUCAGGUACACCUAGUCCAUUCACAAAGGCCGUUUCUGUUGAAGAGAUUCCAACUCCAGAAAUCUCUCAAGAUGAGAUACUCAUUGAGGCUGUGUCAUAUGCCAUUAACCCAACUGACUGGAAACAUGUUGAGUGGGGAAUUGCUAAGCAAGGCAAUGUUUUGGGUAGUGACGUUAGUGGAACGGUUGUUAAGGUUGGUUCCAAUGUCAAGAAUUUCCAAGUUGGUGAUUCUGUGAGUUCAUUUGUUAGUGGUAACACUAGCUCCAAGAAUGGUGCAUUUGCACAAUACGUUGUUGGCCACCCCAACGGAACUAUCAAGUACGAUGCAAAGCUUAGCAAGGAGACUGAUGCUGCUCCAGGUUUGAUCAAGUCUUAUCCAGGUGCAGCUAGUGUCACUUUGGGUUUGGUUACUAUUGGUAUAUCAUUCAGUUACUUUUUGCGUCCAGAUGAGCGUGGUUCAAAAGAUGGCGAAAACUAUAUUUUGAUUUGGGGUGGUGCCACUGCUUCUGGUAUGUUGGCUAUUCAAGUUGCUAAGCUUGUGUACAAUUUGAAAGUUAUUACUACUGCCUCCAAGAAGAAUCACGAGUACUUGAAGUCACUUGGUGCUGACUAUACUUUUGACUAUAACGAUGCUGAUGUUGUUGAGCAAAUCAAGAAAGUUGGCGGAGCCAACUUGAGAUUUGGUUUGGAUACAAUUGCCGUCCCAGAAACUUUCCAAAAGGUGUAUGAUGCCACUGCUGAAGUUUCGGGUGACUUGUACUUGGACUCGUUGUUGUUGAUGGAUGAUUCGUCAAUCACUUUGGACGACAAGAGAGACAAUUCAAAGAUCCACUAUGGUAAGACUAUGGCAUACUUGGUUCUUCAAGAAACCAAAGAUUUGAUUUCAUUGUUGCAAAGACCCGAGGGCUUGUUGAAAUACUAUGAGCCAUGGUGGUUUAAUGUGAUGCCCAAGUACAUUGGACAAAUUCAACAUCCUAAAUUGAAGGUAUUGCCAAAGGGUUUGCAGAGUGCUGGUGAAGGAUUUGAGUUGUUGAAACAGGGUGUUUCAAGUGAAAAGAUUGUGUUUGACUACUAA